CUCUUCAUCCGUACUUGCCAAAUUUGCAUGUUUAUUAUCAGAUCAUCUAAUGGAUCGGCACAAUUAAAGUUGCUUAUCUUGUUUCGAAGUUUGUAAUUUCUAUCUGAUUACCAAUGUUUUUUGUUUUGAAUUACUUCAUUAAUUGUCUAUGGCAAAUUUGUUCGGUUUAAAGAAGAUUUCUUAUGGAUUAAAUUUUUUGUUGCCAAUUCGUGCUUGGUACACCACACUGAUGUUUUACUUGUUUGUUCCUGUAGUUUCAUGUCUUCUUUAAUGGGUUAACUAGAUGUGAUAACUAUCAGCUGCAUCUCGUGUAAGUUACACAAAAAGAUAACUCAAUGUAUGUUGGUUUUAAAGACUUUGGGGUUAGGGUUUUUAUAUUGAAUAAAAUAAGAUUGAUUGGAGGUCCGUGAUUUCAAUAGGAUUUUACAACUCCAGCUCAUGUGUUUUUCUCAGGUGCUUUCAGUUGUUUAGCCAAGAUUUUACUUCCCUGACAAUGUUUUAAUGCACUAUUUGAUCUUUUCUUUGCAGUCUAUAGCCUUUUUUUUAAAGAGAUUUACAUUAAGGUCUUCAAAAAGUACCAGUCUUGUCACUCGCAAAGUUUAGCAUUGAAAAACCUCAUAUCAGUUUAAAUGUGUACUACUCUCAUUUGUGUUCCUUUUUUAAGAUCUUUGCUGGUCUAUUGUCAAUUUUUCGGAUCAUCAAUUUUGGAUUGGCACAAUGAAAUUUGCUUAUCUUGUUUCUAAGCUGAACUUUUUUUUUUGAUUACCAAUUUUUUCCGUUUUUGUAUACUUCAUUUUAGUGUCUGAAAGUAAAUUUGUGCAGUUAGAAGAUAUCUUAUGGGCUGUUUUUUUUUGCCAAUUCGUGUUUCGUAUGCCACACUGCUUAUAUCUGGAAUAUUGUUUGAUUGGUCUCGUUGCUUCUAUGUCUUCUUUCAUGGGUAAACUCGAUUUGAUAACUAUCAACUGCAUCUCAUGUAAAUUACAGGAGAGGGAACUUAAUGUGGGUUGGUUUUAAAGACUUUGGGGUUAGGCUUUUCAUAUCGAAUAGGGAAAAGUUGAUUUGGGCUCCAAGAUUUCUCCAGGAUUUUAGACCUAGAGGGGGAGCUUAGUGCACUGGCUGUCAUUUGUAUAGUUGUUUUUUCGUAAUACUAUCCCAUACCCUCUGCUCAAACAUGGUGUGUGGAUAGAUAAUAUUCCAUAUCUGAGGAAGAAUAUGCUUCACUAGAAUUUCCAUCUCUUGAACAAGGACUAUAUAUUUAUUGGUGUAUUGUCCUCUGCAGUGUAUAUAGACUGAAGUUGAGCUGAACUGCAUCCUGCUGAUAUCUUUUGGGAACAAUAUGCAGCAAGCUGUUCAGCCAAGGUCUUUUCCCAAUGGAUUUGGCCGUCGGAAAGGCGAAAAAGAAACGGGUACAAGGUUGGAGAGUAGAACGCAGUCUACAAAAACGACUUCCAGCAGGUUGACAGGUAAAAGGGGAGCAUAUGAAAGCCCUUCACAUGAUCGACUAGUUUAUUUUAGUACAUGUCUUCUUGGACAUGAAGUGGAAGUACAGAUACUGGAUGGAUCCGUGUUUUCAGGGAUAUUUCAUGCAACAAACGCUGACAAAGAUUUUGGUAUUAUUCUGAAAAUGGCCCACUUGAUAAAAGAUGGUUCCCAGGAGAGGAAGAAUACUCCUGAAUCUUUGAUCAAACCUCCAACAAAGACUUUGAUAAUACCGGGUAAAGAGCUUGUGCAAGUUAUCGCAAAGGGUGUGCCUGCAACUUUAGAUGUCUUCCAAGCCGAAUUGCUGUGGGAAAAGCAGCAGGAGCUUUUGACAGAUUCAUGCAUAUCACAGUCCCAGCAUGUUGAGGUAGAGAGGCAGUUGGAACGUUGGGUGCCUGACGACGACGCUCUUGAAUGUCCUGAACUGGAUAACAUAUUUGAUGGCCACUGGAACAGGGGCUGGGAUCAGUUUGAGGUCAAUGAAACACUAUUUGGAGUAAAAAGCACAUUCAAUGAGGAACUUUAUACUACAAAGCUUGAGAAAGGUCCUCAAAUGAGGGAGUUGGAAAAAGAAGCUUUAAGAAUAGCUAGGGAAAUUGAGGGUGAGGAAACACGUGAUCUUCAUCUAGCAGAGGAGAGAGGAAUUCAACUUCAUGGGAACCUUGAAAUUGAUGAAGAAACCAGAUUUUCAGCAGUUGUUAGAGGGGUUGAUGAUAGUGGAUAUGAUGACUGUGAGGACAUACUGGUGGAUUCACAUAAUGAUGAAACAUUCACUGGCACGAGUGUUGGGAAAGUUGUUGAUGGUGCAGAAUUCUCAUCAAGAUCUUCCUAUAUGGAUGAAUUGCAAUCUUCUCAGUUGAGUACCAGCAGGAAUGUCUAUCAGACUUACUAUGAUGAUCAUACCAAACAGUCAUCAGCUAAACAUGUUCCUCAAAGUGCCUUGAUGAUGGAUGAGAGCAGGGGGCAUAAGAUCACCUUCAGUGAACAUGAUGGAGCUAGUUGCAAUGAUGAGGAGAUGAGAAUGCAAAUGUUAGCUGAUGAGGCUCAAACACCAAUACUGGAAGAUUCCAAGUCAUCACGAUUGAAAAAGGAAACGUCGGAUAAGGGUAGAUCAUCUGCGGAUGUCUCCACAUCGUCUGCUCCUCUCAAGUGCCAGGAUAAGAUCGCAGGUUCUUCUAGUGAAAAGGGGCCUGUUGCGUCUUUCAAGAGUCAAGACAUUGCCCGAUCUGCUAAUUCUUGUGUCAGACCUUGUAGUUCUGCUUUAUCCUCUAUUGAUAAAGCAGGUCCUGCAUCUAGCAAUGGAUUGUCACGUAGCUCUUCAGUGAGUUCAUUUUCCUCAGAAAAAUCCACAAAGUCCACAUUGAAUCCACAUGCUAAGGAAUUUAAAUUUAAUCCCAAUGCGAAGAGUUUCGUCCCAUCUCAAACGACUUUAAGACCGGCAUCUCCAGUGUCUGAUAAUUCCUUCUACUAUCCAGCUGGGGUGGCUGCUAUGCCACACAUGCAUGGCAUGUCUGUGGGCAUUGGGGUUGGUCCAUCGUAUGCUGGACAUCAGCCUGUUAUAUUUAAUCCACAGGCUACACCUGCACCGCAGCCAUACUUUCAUCCAAAUGGACCUCAGUAUGGACAGCAGAUGAUGAUUGGCCACCCUCGGCAAGUUGUCUACAUGCCAACUUACCCCCCUGAAUCGCCAUAUAAGGGAAGAGAGUAUUGACCAGCUGGUCGAUGACCUGCAUCGCUUGGUGGAGUAAUCCAAUUGCUGAUAUGUGAAAGAAGUUUCUGACAGUAGAUUGCAUGGAUCAUGUGUUGGUGCAUAAAGUCCUGCUGGCUGAUAAAAUAGCUGCAAUUUCCGCCUGCUGGCUGAAAUGGUUCUGCUAGCACUCCUGUGUAUGUCAUAUUAGUUAUUUUGGUUUUCAUAAUCAUAGAUUCUUUUUUUUUUUUUUGUAAGCUCUUUGUGUGUUUCAUUGGCGUACUGCCGUAUAUUUUUCUUCUUCAGGUGUUUAUUUUCUCGACAAAAUUUUAACCAAUCUGUCCUAUAUUAUCUUAUUAUGCGUUGGUGGUUGUUUGUGAAAUUCGUUUUUAUUCAUACUUGUAUCGUGUUUUUGC